GUAAGAACUAAAUGUUGAUAAAAGAACAAUAGUAUCCGUGGAAUCACCAAAGGAGAUGGCGAGUCUCAUCCUCUCUAACUCAGUCACCUCUGUUUUACACCUAAACAGAAGAACUCGAGCUUCGUUCCGGCCGUUGCGCACGUUCUCAUCUCCUGCCAUUAGCUUCGCCGGCAGUCCUUAUCGUCGGAAAACGAGAGGCUUAGUUGUGAGAACACGGGCUGGGCCCAGCACUUCCAGUCUUGUCUUUGCUUUUGUGUUCCCACUCUCUCUUCUUCUCGCCACUAUCUUCACUUCUAUUAAGAUUGCUGAUAAACUCGACAGGGAUUUCCUCGAAGAGCUUGCUCUUAACCGAGCAAUGAUGGAAGUGCAAGAUGAUGAUGACGAUGAUGACGAUGAUGAUGAAGAUAGUCCGAUUUCCAUAGAGGAACCUGCACUCCCCCGUACUAGAAGCCGUCCCAAACGUGAAGCUUAGGCUCAAAUUAUGUGUAUCGCUCUUGUACAGUUUUGGCUGGGAGAUCAGAACCACUGGCAUGACUACCUAAUUUGUAGCAUAUAUUAGAAACUUGUUUGUGUUACUUUCUCAUUGUUCCCCCAUUUCAUGUUUUGCAGUGAAUGGUUUGAUUUUAGGAAUGUAGUUUUAUUUGCAUAUAAAGAGCUUCUAUGAGGUAAGGGAUUGCUGUAUAAAAUUUGUCAGGCUUUGGUAGCAAAGUGAAACAACUUAGUUUAUGUAUUUCUUUUGAUUAGUAAUACAGUUGACACAUGAACGUA